CGGCCGGGCCCAGUCCUGAUAGGCGUAGUGGCGCACUCCUACACUGACGAAAACUCCUCCCUCGCCUCCUUAGCUCGGUGUCUGCACGCUUUUCCCCAGCACGCGCGGGAUAACUACAACGGAGUCUUCCAGUAUACACUUACUGGCAUCACGCCCCCUACUGUGCUGUAUGCAGUGGCAUGCCCGCUCUCCCCCUACUGUGACGUGGUGUAUCAGAUGACGAUGAUGGUCCCAAGUCCUGACGUGGAGGUCCAGCUGGCGCAGUGGGACGAUACAUGGCGAUACAUGCGGUGGCUCAACGCCACGCAAGACGUGCGAUACUCCAGACAUAGCGAUACUUACUACGGCUUAUUGUGAUACUCAUUACGGUGAUACUUACUACGGCUGGUGGUGAUAUAUUACUUACUACGGCUUGUGGAGAUACUUACUACGGCUAGUGGUGAUACUACGGCUAGGGGUGAUACCUACAACGGCUAGUGAUGAUACCUAUAACGUUUCAACAGUUUUUCAAGUUUUCUAAAAACUUCCUUUUCAAUUACA